AUGUCGCAAAAGAUCACGGGCAAGAACCUCUCAUACUCCCAAAAUCUCCCGCCUUUCCUCGCGCGCCUACAAGGGCAAGGCCGCGGGCCCGCAGAUGGGCCGGACCCGAUACUGGCCGGGCGGCGGCGGGCGGCGCGGCCGCGCGAUGACGAGGAGGAUGCGCCCGUUGUGCUGGAUGAGCAGGGCAACGUCGUCGACGAUGUGCGCGUUGGCGUAGAUGGAUCGGCGGUAAGGACCGGUUCCGGCAGCGGUGACGGCGACGACGGUGGUGGUGAUGGGGAGGCUGGCGGCAAGAAUGCGGGCGAUGGCGGUGGUGCGGAAAGAGAGGUCGGGAUCGGGGCUAGGAAGAGAAAGGUUGCCGCGGGCAGGGUGAUUGGUGGAGCGGACGAGGACGAGGACGAGGAGGGUGAUGGUGGUGAUGACGAGGUCGCAGGCAGGAAGACGGGCAAGGGCGGCAAGAGGAAAGCCGUCACGACGGACCACGAUGCGGACAAAGAGACGACACGCACCACUGCAGCAUCCAAGGCAACAGCAGCAACCUCAACCGGGGCCGGAAAGUCAACGAGUGGCAAAGGGCAGAAGAAGGCCAAGAAGAUCAAGCUCAGCUUUGGAGACGAUGGGGAUUGA